CGUCAGUCACGCGCGCAGCCAUUGGAAUCGUCCGCGUCCGAAAGCCGGUCUGGGAACAACGCAAUUGUGGUGGUCAAAUUUGAUUGUGAAACAAAUCGAGAAAUGUGCGAACAGGCGGUGGAGUAUUUUCAGGGUCGGAUAAGGAAGAAAGACGCCGCCGAGGUGAGCUGGUCACACGCGGUGAACAGCAGGAGCAAACUGGCCGAGGCUCUCCAAGGUCCCACUCAUAUGAUUGAGGCUGACAUCAUUGUGAGAGGUCAUGACCCUAAGGAGCCAGUCAUGGGCCACCCUCCUGACACUGACGGUGACAUCACACUGAGGGAGUGGCUUGAAGGGGUCAAGUCGCACGACAAGGGGAUCAAACUGGACUUCAAGAGCCUGGAGGCGCUUUCUCUUUCUGUGGCCCUGUUGCAGGAAGCGCUGGCUCAGUCGAGCGCCCCGGUAUGGAUCAAUGCCGAUGUCCUCCCGGGACCUGGACGUCGGGACGCACCAUUGGAGGCUCGAGCGUUCCUGGCUGCUGUUAGGACUCUUCCCGCUAAUGUUGUACUUUCCCUUGGCUGGGCCACAAAGUGGACCGCAGGGACUGAUAAUACGGGUUACAGUUGGGAAAUGGUGCGUGAGAUGGAGGCCAUAUGUCGAGGCUUGCAACAUCUGGUCACCUUCCCGGUGCGGGCGGCCCUUUUGGCCCAGUCUGUCUCUGAGCUCACAUGGCUGCUGCAACAGUCAGACAGGUAUUCUCUAACAGUGUGGACCAGCCAGAGCGACAAAUUAAAAGUACAGGAGCUGCUGCCUUACAGGACACUCAUUGAUGUCAGCAGGAUCUGCUAUGACCUACCAGAAGCGCUAAGGACGGAGCUGACAAAGGAGACUUUACAAGAUGAGACCUGAACAAUCAAGUCGUUAUUUUCCUUGAGUAGUUUUCAGUAUCGAAUCCAGCGGGGGGAGAGCAGUGAACCGAGCGCAGGAGAGAGACUGGUCGAAAGGAGGCGGCCAAGACGAAUGCGUAUCAGCCAACGGCAGCACGUCACAUUGCGAACAGACGCAGUAAGGAAUGCGGUCUUGAGUAAGGCAUGUGCGCAGGUAAGGACUCACUUCUUCCCACCUCCAGCGCGUCACAGUGACGAUUGUGAGGCGCCCCCCGUAAAGUCGGAGGCUGCACAGCACGUCAUUCAGAACUGUUACCAUGUUGAAAAAAAAACCCAACAACCCAACAUUUCAAAACAGGACGUUGAAGUCACUCGUUUAAUGAUGAAAAUAAUCAGUUACAUUGAAUGCAGACAUAGGUGGGCGACUGGUUAGAGCGUCUGCCUCACAGUUCCGAGGUUCCAUCCCCUGCAUGGCCUUGCGGAAUGGUGGAUCCGGUUGCCCUUCGCUAGCUGGCACGCCCGCGAAACCUUGUGAGGAUAAAGAGAGACGGACAAUGGCUGGAUGGAUGGAUGCCUUUGUGCUGGAACCGUUUUGCUGUGCAACAGGGGAGUCUGCUUAUUGAAACUUGGUUCUGUUCGACUGAUCAAGUCUGAUUCUCCAUAAGGCUCAAUUAUAAUUCCACAGCGGAAGCUUAAAAACUCCAUUGUGACACAUGCAGGGUGUACCCCCGCCUCCUGCCCGAUGACGGCGGCACGAGGAGAAGCGGCUCAGAAAAUGGAUGGAGGGAUUGUUAAGUCCUUCAGUGAGUCAGUCCUUUUGUUUUUUUUCUGUUUGAACGGCAAGAUUGCGUUUUGUUCAAAUCACCCGCCGCAAGUAGUAGUCGUCGUCGAGUUGCAUUUUGGAUUAAUGAGCACGACCUCGUUACUUCGUAACGUGUUACCGACAUUACUGCCCGUCCGUGCUCCUUGCGUUAUGGUAAUAAAAUGAUCUCCUCCGGAAUAGAUGAGCAAUUGUGACGCUAAAAGAACUAUCGACUUCGAUAAUCCUCUUCAUCGAAUCAUUUCACGAGGCAGUCAAAAAUCACAUCUCUUCAAUGUGGAAAUGAUUUAUUGUGAAGCAUGUACACGAGCAUUCGUAACACGUCAUACAGAGAAGUAACAGUACAUGACCAUCCUUCCCUUUCCGAACAGGGUUUGUGUUAUUUCCAGCAUUGAAUAUAGCACCUCGCCAAGACAAAAGGACAGCUAACUAAUUUCCCCCAGGAAAAACAAACCAAACAAAAAAAAACACAUUUUCAAUUCCAAUAAACUGUAGGAUGCAUUCUGAAUAUAGCCAUGCUUUCCACAAAUCAAAGCCUUUUUCGUCUAUUUAAGGUUAUACAAGCAAUUUUAUAUUUCAAGACCCUAGAGAGCGGUUACUGGGCCAGAUUAAUUUAUGCGUCACAAUUGCAAAAACACCGUCCACCUUGGAAUAGAACUAUACAGACGAAUGAAGACAGUGACACUGACCACUGCUUGCCUCCUGAUCCGCAACAGAAUAAACCAUUAUUUGUCCAGCACAUCAAAGCAAGCAAAGAAAGUAAGAGGAGAUUGCGAAGGAAGCCAAUGUCACCAGCACUUGACAAACGUCACAAAACUUAAUAAUUUAAC